AUCUGUGGUGAAACUUAAAAGUCAAAGCAGACCAGUGGUAAAAGUGGUAAAAAAUUGGGUGAAUUUUUGUGAUGGCAUACAGUAUUGUUGAUUUUAUUUACGUUUUUCAGUGAAAACAUAGCGGAGCUUAUAAUUUUUAAUUACUUUUAAAUAACCAACAAAAUUGCUUCCACAAUGACAGUAACGCGGGUGGCGGAGUCCCGCACAGAAUUUAAACUUAAGAGCCUUCCGGAAGAUGCGAUUUCGAGUGUGAAAUUUGCCCCAAAAUCAAAUCAGUUUCUUCUAGUAUCAUCAUGGGACUGUUCUGUGAGGCUAUACGAUGUUUCAGCCAACAUCGAGAGACACAAAUACAGCCAUGAACUGCCGGUGCUUGAUGUUUGCUUUAGGGAUGCAGUCCACUCCUAUAGUGGUGGUUUAGACCAGACACUCAAAAUGUAUGACCUGAACGCAACAAACGAGACAAUACUAGGAGAACAUAAAGGUGCUAUCAGAUGUGUGGAGUUUGCUAGCGAAGUUAACGCAGUGCUGACGGGCAGCUGGGAUGGCACCGUCAAGAUGUGGGACAGCAGAGUGCCUAACUGUGUUGGAACUUAUAACCAGGGGAAUGAAAGAGUAUAUACAAUGAGUAUAGUUGGAGAAAAAUUUGUAGUAGGCACAUCUGGUCGCAAGAUCUUCGUGUGGGACGUCCGCAACAUGGGACAUGUAAAUCAGCGGAGAGAGUCCUCCCUAAAGUACCAGACUAGGUGCAUCCGAGUAUUUCCUAACAAACAAGGAUAUGUGCUAAGUUCGAUAGAGGGUAGAGUGGCUGUGGAAUAUCUAGAUAGCAAUCCAGAAGUUCAGAAAAAGAAAUAUGCCUUUAAGUGUCACAGGAUAAAAGAAGGUGGCUUAGAGAAGAUCUUCCCAGUGAACGCUAUAAGUUUCCACUCUGUGUACAAUACAUUUGCCACCGGCGGCUCAGAUGGGUAUGUCAACAUUUGGGAUGGGUUCAACAAGAAGAGGCUCUGUCAGUUCCACAGGUACAACACGGCGGUGUCGUCCCUCUGUUUCUCGCAUGAUGGCUCGGCGCUUGCUAUCGCGUGCUCGCAGCUCGACGACUCGCAGGUCGAGGAGCCCAAGCCUGAGGACAUCGUGUACAUCCGCUACGUCACCGACCAGGAGACCAAGCCCAAGUAGUGGCUACCUCCGCGACGUUCUGCACCCCUGGUAUAACUUUUGUACGCUCGCGAAUUAAACUACACUGGGAUCAACGAAUAGAGAUAAAUAAGAGAGAUAGAGAAAGAGAGAGUAAGUAAGUAAUGUUCUAAUGUCUACGUAUAAGAGAAGAACGCAAAGCACCUUGCGAGACGCUUUAUGGUGUAGUGUCACUUUAAAUAAAUUAAUCUAGAAAUGCAUUCCCGCGUACCGAAGACUACGAAUCAUUCAAGAAAAUCUAAAUAAAUGCAUUAUUGUGUGAUAUUAUUAUAAAUUACACAGUGCAUCUAUACUUCACAUUACAGAUCUUUUUUUUAUAUGGUAUUGAUAUCUUAAUUUCAUAUAGAUUUUUACACCGAUAUAAUAAACCGCGUCACAAUUUGUGGUUAAGACUGUCACUAUAGUGAUCACAGUCACUAGGUGAUAAUCAGGGUGUUUACUACUAUCGCUUAACGCAGUAUUAUUUUAACAGUGGAUGCUUUUGGUAAGACUAAUAAUACUUAUUCGAGGAACGUCAAGGUUUUUACAGAUGAAACUUGGUUUGAAAUAAUAAUGCAGUGGUAGUAAGACCCAUGUGCCCUGCUCUAAUACGUAGUUCAUUAUUACUCUAUGGAAAGAUUACGACGUCACGUUUGUUGAAAUUAACUUGAAAACCAGCUUCCAUAUUACCGUUAUUUAUUUAGGUUGAACCGUUUUCAUAAUUUUUACAUGUGUAAAUAGGCUCAGUGAAAAUUGGAAAAUAUGCUCAUUGAUUGCAAUAUCGAACACUAGCGGUCAUUCAACUCUGUCAAUAUUCUCAAAGCCAGCCUUCUUAAGUUCUAAACUGCUAUCAUUUAAUUAUGUUCACAAGUUUUACACUAACCGGUCUGAGGAAUUACCUAAACAAGUCCUAUUGAAACCUUUUACUAUACCAUGGGUUCUGAACGUCUUUCGUAUAUCCUGACAAUUGCGUUGCAUGGUUACGGCUCGUGAAGUAAUGUGCGACCAGCUUUAGAUUGAACUGUAAAGCCAUAGUGAAGUUUUUGUGGUGUGACUGGAAGAGUGCAGUGACUUUAGUUUUAAGUGACGCGUAUGUGAAAUUAAACAAUAAAUAAAUUAAGAUAAAUGACU